UAAUAAAUAUAAAAAAAUGUUUACAAUGGAGCGUUUUCAGAUUGUCGCGAAAUGAUCACCUUACUGAUUUGCUUGGAGGAAUAACAAUUGGUGUUGCGGGCAGAGCUGUACAUACACACUGUCAGUCACACUGACAGUCACUUACAAUCUUGGCCUAUCUUUUUGCACAACUGUGAAUGUCAUAAUAUCGACAGUGAAAGACGCGCCGCACACGAUCGACGAUAAAACAAUUAAACUCUUCAUGUAUGCAAUAUAACAGGUUAAAUUAUGAGAUUUAAAAAAGAUGCCGCUAAAGAUCGAAACACUCCUUCAGUCUCGAAAAUUCCAAAAACUUCCAAAAACUUUGAGUCUGAGUAUGAGUCAUGUAAAAAAUGUCCAAUUAAUGUAAUUUGAGUUCUCAAGGUUGCUCCAUCUUUGAUACAUUUACACGUAUUUGUGCGUCUACUGCUAGGACGCUUCGCAUAUAAUUUUGCAUCUCCGUGAGACUUACAACCUGCUGCUGCUACAAGUGCAGACUGAGAGCAUAAAAGAUCGAGGCUUUGUUUGUAAACAUCAACCGAAGCAUCUUCAAAUGUAUCCAGGACUACAAAAUGUUGGUACCGGCGAUGAGCCUCCACCACACAUACAACAAUGGUUUGCUUUAGCAGAUAAUGACAGGAAUGGUGUAAUAACAGCUAAAGAGUUACAGCGUGUUUUGGCAAAUGGCCAAGGUGGCACUUUUUCUGAUAAGUGCUGUCAGUUAUUGACUGGAUUAUUUGGAAAACAGACUAGAGGUUCGAUAAAUUACGUUGAGUUUCAAGGACUUUUCAAUUACAUUAACAGUUGGUUAGGAAUUUUCAAGGGAUUUGAUAAAGAUAAUUCUGGUACAAUACAAGAAGGAGAGCUUGCUGAAGCUUUCACGCAAAUGGGUUACAGGUUUUCACCUGAAUUCUACAGUAAUGUAAUGCGAAUGAAUGAUCAAAACAGCUCUGGUAAUAUUACAGUUGACCAAUUUAUUGUUUUAUGUAUCCGAGUACAAAAGUUUACAGAGGAAUUUAGAAAAAGAGAUACUGGAGCUCAGGGAGUAAUCAACAUUGGAUUUGAAGAUUUCCUUACAAUUACCCUUGGCUGCGAUUAUUUGUGAAUUUAAGUUUUAAAUAAUUUUUUAAACAUCACUCCUUAGGACAACAUUUUAAACUGUUUUAUCAAUUUGACAAAUUAUCCAAAAAUUGUGAUUUUUAUUUUUAAAACCUUAUAUUUUUGUAUGCUUGUUAUAUGUAAAUGCUUGUAAAAACUUAUGAUGUAGAUAAUAAAAAUAUUUUUUAACUAUUUUCAAACUUGUUAUUUUUUGAAAACAUUAAUUCCAUUGGACAUGGGUUUUAUUUGGGUUUUA